AUGACUAUCCCACUGAGUCGACUAUCCACCGUGGAUCCGCGGCAACCAGGAAUUAGUGGCCAUAAUCGGGGCCUCUUGAACGCCGACGUCGUCCCGAUCAACGACAAGCAGAAAGUCUUUCUUGCCGGUUCUGGCCCUCCGUCGCCAAUGCAUCGCGUACAACCUCUGGACGGAUCGCAUGGUCCGCCCAGUGCUCCAGCAGUCUACGAGCAGCCAUGGCGCCCUCCGUACUCGUCUUCUUAUGACGGACAUCCCGCGGACCAGCGUCGCACAUCGAAUGCUCCUCAGCCUGCGCUCCCACCCCACGGAUACCCGAUGAACCCAAACCGUGAGCUGCCGCAGCUCCCACCAGAAGUCCCAUAUGGCCGACAGGGCAGUUUGCCUGGCCCCGUGCAUACCCCUCCAGAAGCCCCCACUCCUCAUCCCAGCUUUCGUCCUAUGAAUGGAACUCCCCAUGAGGCCGCCCCUCAUUCAGCACCCCCCGACUAUCGCUCACGGAUGUCUUUUACACCUCAGGAGCCUCACAGCAAUGGGGACGCUCCGCUCCCCGCCCACACGUUACCCCCGACUCAGUAUCCCACUCCGGUUCCGCAUUUGUCGCAUACUCCUACGCCGUACGAUUCAGGUCUUUACGGAAACCAGGCGUACGGGAUACGCCAGCAGCGAAAGGCCGCUCGGGCGCAACAGGUGAAUUGUCUCCUUGCAGCGAAGUUAGCUGAGAUAUUGAUCGGGAAACCCUGA